AUGAACAAAUCUGGGAUUGCGGUCAAGGACACCGACGCAAACGACUACUUCGCGUUCGAAAGUUUCAAUUCCACCAAAGGCCCUUAUCACAUUGUGAAUGCUGCAGAUCCUUCUGAAGAAGCCAAUGAGUUUUGGAACGACCUCAAGAAACACACUGGUAUUGUUGAAAUCGACCGCGACUGGGCGCAGAUCAAUCACCUUCCGCCAACCGUCCCGCAUCCCGACGACCCUAACCUUCGAAUCUAUCAAGUGAAUGCCUUUCACUCUCUUCAUUGCCUGUACCGAAUUCGAAACAGGCUUAUCUCCAAGGUGUCGCUCGACAAAUGGCCUCGCAAUGAUAUCCAUACAAUGCACUGCUUGGAUCACAUUAGAAACGAGAUGAUGUGCAACGUUGAUAUUUCAAUGUCCGGCUCGCAGGAAUAUAUUUCCUUCAAUACCCACGGUCACGACCGGAAGUGUAGAGAUCUGGGGGCGAUACAGAGAUGGGCCCAAGAUCACGCCUGGUCUGGGUACAAGGAUUACUUGGAGAAUGUCGUCAACUUCGACGCGGAUGAGGCGGAACGAGUAAACGCUGCCUUCGCUGGGAAGGGAAAGUGGAACCACGCGAACAGUACGCAUCACAAAGAAACUGGCAAAAUCGACCUUUGGUUUGAGGAUCAUGAUCUUGCUGGUGGUCACUAG